AUGGGUGUGCAAGGAUUGUGGUCGCUGCUGGAGCCCAGCGCAAGGCCGAUCAAGUGAGUGGCCAAGAGCGACAUGGACUUUGAUCCGAAAUCACUGCGGCUGAUACGGCACAUGCACUUCUUUCGCAUGAUCUGCUGACAGGCUCGAGUCGCUAGAGGGCAAAAGGCUGGCCAUCGACUCCUCCAUCUGGCUGUACCACUUUCGCAUGGCGAUGAGGGACAAGGAAGGUCGCACGCUUCACAAUGCUCACGUUCUCGGCUUCCUCUGGCGAAUCCUCAAGUUGCUCUUUUACGGCAUCCGGCCAGUCUUUGUCUUUGAUGGCGGUGCUCCCGUCAUGAAGCGGCAAACGCUGGUGAAGCGAAGAGAACGCAGGGAGGGCGCCCGUGAUACGCACAAGCUCACUGCGCAACGUCUUCUCAAUGCGCGACUGAGGCAGGCUGCGCUGGAUCAUGCUGUAGGCUCGAAGGCGGCGAAAUCGAAAGGCACUGCGUCAAAGGCGGGAGGAAGCCCAGCUGGACCGGGCAAUGGCAUGGUGUACUUCGACGACCUGCAGGGCCCAGAGACCGGCCCUUCCACCAGUGGCGCUGGGCGUCGCGAGUCCGCGUCGGCAUCUAGGCCAGCAGAGGGCAGCGCUUCACCAGAGAAGGAAGGAGCAGGUCGCAAGAAGAAGGAUUGGCACAAGGAUCCCUACGCCUUGCCACCUCUCGAGCAGCAACUGUCGCGCGUCAACGCAGAAACGAGCGCAGCUGCUUCCAAAGGCCAGAAGAAAGGGGCGAGGAGGACGGACUUUCGAUUUGCUACAGAUUCAGAGAUCAGACACUUUUUGACAAGCUUGCAGCCUCAGGAUAUCGACAUGGACUCGGAACUCUUUCGCACACUGCCUGCUGAACUACAGUACGAGCUGGUAGGCGAUAUGCGCGCAGGUUCCCGAGGCACCUCGUACAAACGUCUGCAGGCCAUGCUUGCCGAGUCGCCCACCCCCAUCGACUUUUCUAGAGCUCAGAUCAAAGGACUCAAGAACCGAAACGAGUUGACUCAAAAAGCUUUGGAAGUGUCCAACGCCAUUGGAGAUGCCAACAUCAAGGUGCCCAUCCGCGUCGCCGGCGCCAGGAACCGCGAGUACGUGUUGGUGCGCAAUCCUGGCGACGCUGGCGGCUUCACCCUUGGAGUCAAGGAGACGGGAACGAGCAUCGACAAAGCUAUCGAGGUGGAUCCGGAGCCGAAUCCUGUCAAUGUGUGGAGCAGCGAUGAGGAGAGUUGGUUCGGUGAUGAGCGGGCGAGCCGAUCGAAGACCAAAAGACCGGCCUCCGACGAUGAUGAAGAGAUGGAGAUGGAAGAAGUUGUAGGGACUCCUGCUCGACGAGCCACUUCUCCACGGACCGCAGAGAUCUUGGUGAAAGCGCAUGCCGAUGAUGAGAAGUCGAGACGCGCAGCAGCAGCAGCCUUGGUUCGAAGAAGGGCAAAAGAGCACGCAAGGCAAGUGGCCAAAGACAAGGGCAUUCGAGAGGACAGUUUUCGCCUCGAGGAUCAAUUGCAGGCUGCUCGUGCGGGUGAGAACGCUCGCAAGCUUUUCCGCUCCAGGGAAGCACCCAUCGCGGAGAGGGGCUGGCAACUUGAUAGCGAGCGCGCUGCGCAAGGUUGGGAAGACAUCGAAGAACUCAGAGAUGCGGAGAGCGAGAUGAGCGAGGAUUACAUAGCUGCGCAGCUCUCUGCAGAUGAAGCAGACGACUUGGCGCGCGCCAUCGAGACGUCUCGCAAGCAGUCCGAGCAUCAAGUGGAUGGACCCCACCUGCCCGAUCAGAACAUUCUCACGCCGGACCUCAUAGUGCAGGCGCAUGUAGACGAGGAUGUGGAGAUGGAAGACGUGGAGCCGGUGCACUUCAUGGCAGAUGAGUACGCAGAUCUAUACAAGGAUUUGCCGACGAGGCCACGAGCAAGCGCGCAAGUCGAGCACAAGGUCGUCAAUGACGACGCCAUCGCCGAGCCGGUCCCAACUCCUCAACCGCCAGUCGUCAACUCCGAGACGAAGUACGCACUGUCAAGGCAGACUCAAACAGACCUCGAUAAGACAGACGAAGAAGAAGCACAGAUUACACGCAAGAGGGAAUCUCGAGAUUUAGAUGCACAGCUCGGUAAGCUGCAAGCGAGCAUGGACGCAAAGGCAUCGUCUAUUGUAUCACCGUCAGGCAAAGCACGCGAGAACCAGAAGCCUGCAGUGGAGGUCAAAGCAGGGCAGACCUCACGGACCCAAUGGCAUACGUCCGGAGACCCAAUGGCUCAAGGCGCGCCAAAGCGUGGGGAGGCUGACGACCGGACAAAAUGGCCAUCCGUUGCGCCUCGCGAAGAGGCGGCGAAUGGCGACGCUUUGUCAAAAACUGCUGAAAUGAGCGCGGGCGAAGCUCAGCAGAUGAGAGAGGUUGCUACUGCUAUCGGUAGCGCAGGGGGCCUACCUGUAGUCCCAGUCGUCCCUGCCUCACCUCCUCCUGGCGCUCCGAAGGAUGCCACCUUGGCCGGGAAGGACGCGGUAUCGCCAGUAGCCUCUGCUGCACCGAUGCCGGCUGCCCAUCCCGCGGCGACUUCUGCGCCGUCACCACGGCUGCUUGAAAGCGGCCACGGCUCCAUGAUGGGGGAGCCGCCUGCAGAAGCGCCUCCCGCAACAGCCGCUGAAAUGUCCCAAGAUGCGCCAACAGAGCGACAGGCUGCGAUGGCGGCAGGUGCAGGUGCCAAUGACGAGCUGGCUAGGGUGAUCACAAAGAGCACGCCUGGACGUGAGGAGCAACCAAUGCUGACGGAGUACGGCGAAGUACGAGUCAAAUCAGAAAGUCCGGAGUCGGUGCAGCAAGAUCCAUCUCCUGCCGAAGGGGACCAGACUCGACGCAACCGAUCUCCGGUUGCCCUCGACAACAUCCCUUCGGCCAUCGACGAAGCAGGCGUCCACGAGCCAAAGACUGAUCUUGCUUUGUUGCAGGAGAGCAAAGAGCUUGCGACGACCGCUGACCCUUCAGACCGGGGAGCUCUCUUCAGACCGGAUGACGAGCAAAGUGAACCUGGCACACCAAUUGCGUGGUCUCCGUCUCCUUCACCAGCGCCAGUGCGGCUGGGUGCAGAUGGAUUUCCUCUCCCGACUAUUGAAGAAAUCGAGGCUCUAGAAGCUCAGGACGAGGAGGAGCUUGGGCAAGUGGCUGGAGGUGAUGUUGCAACUUUCUUGAGCAGGGCGCGAGGCCAAGGUCUUUAUGAGGCUCAGCAAGAGGCCCAGGCUGAAGUUGAUCGUCUGCGAGCAGAGUUUGCGAACUCUCGAAAGAGCGACGAAGACAUCACCAAGACGAUGGCUCUCGAAAUCCAACACAUGCUGAGGUGCUUUGGUAUACCAUACCUCACAGCACCGAUGGAGGCCGAAGCACAAUGUGCCGAACUUGUCAGCCGCAAGCUUGUGGAUGGUAUCAUCACUGACGAUUCCGAUGUCUUCUUGUUCGGAGGCACUCGAGUGUACAAGAACAUGUUUGCCGACAAAAAGAACGUCGAGUGCUUUUUGCUCACCGACAUGGAGCGCGAUUUGGGUGUGGAUCGUCAAAAGCUGGUGCACUUGGCAUACCUUCUUGGUAGCGACUACACGGAGGGUCUUGCGGGCGUCGGUCCGGUGCUAGCCAUGGAGAUCCUCAGCAUCUUCAAUCAGCGCGACGGACUUUUGCGAUUCCGAGAUUGGUGGCUCAAAGUGCAAGCUGGCAAGGAUACGCCCGAAGAUACUCGAGGCAAGACUAUGCGUCGCAUCAAGAAGACCUUGGCCAACAAAGUCAUGCUCGAUCCUCACUGGCCCGAAACAGCCGUCGUCGAAGCUUACUAUUCUCCUACCGUGGAUGAAAGCGACGAGCCGUUUCAAUGGGGUCUUCCAGACCUUGAUGCCAUCCGCAUCCUGCUCGCGGAGUACUUGUCAUGGAGUCAAGACAAGACUGAUCAGUAUCUCUUACCUGUCAUUGAAGCUCAGAAUCGACGUCGAGGGAAGAAUCAAUCUUCGCUGCUGGACCGCAGUGGUUUCUUCGACUUGAGUGCAGGCACGGGCGUUUUUGCACCUCGAGAGCAGCCCAAGUAUGGAUCCAAACGUCUGCAGGACGUAGUGGAACGCUUCAGGGCGGCAGAAACAGGACGCAAGAAGGCCAAGUCCUCGUCUCAGCGCUCGGCCAAGCGUUCAGGCCCAGCUGCGGCGCGUCAAGGCAGCCCGAGCGACAGUGACGACGCUACGACGGAGGGCAUGCAGGGUGGCGGAGCUCGGACGACGGCAGAGCUCGCUGGAGUUCCCGAGGAGCUGGUUGGCAAGGAGAUGGGCAAACAGAGACCUAUCGUCAGUCGAACAGAGCAACAAAAGGAGCAGCAAAGACGUCGUAGAGAGGCUCGGGAGCGCGGUCUUGACCCUGCUGACAUGGAGGAACUGGACGAGACCGCCAUUGCUAUCGCAGCGACUGAUGAUCUGAGGACAUCGGGCUCGGACGCGCGUGGUAAGAAGGCCGUGACCGCACCUCGCAAGCGCAAAGCUGUUACAAGAGGCGCAAACGCAACCGAAGAGCCUGGCGGCAGGGGCAGGAAGCGCGGGGCAGAUUCCUCGGCAAGUAAAAAAAAUGGGAAAGACGUCCAGCAUCAGGAUUCAGGGCCUCCUGAGAGUGCUUCUACUGAUGCACGCGAAGCACAGGAUAGUCGGAGCAGUGGGGGAGAAUCGGAUUGGCAGCCCAGGGGCGAAGCGCGAGCAGCGGCAGCGCAGCGCGCAACUCGAAGCGCAAAGACCACGACGGCGGUGACGACGAAAUCCAAGAGAGGUCGCAGUGCGGCGAGAGGCUCCGGACGAGCACGCAAAGAUCCACAAAUCACGGCGGGAAACGAGGAAAGCAGCGCAGCUAGCAGUCCGGCGCGCGGAGGGCGAGGACCAAUGCGACGCGAUGCGAGCAAUGGAGGUCUGUCCAUUCGAGAAGGACGCUCCAUGAAUCUGGAUGCCGUGGGUAGUCUGCCUCCUUCUAGAGCCGAAAGGUCUACCUCGAAUUCGCCUGUGCGAAGCCCGGAACAUCGUUAUGCAAGUCGUCGAAGCAGCAGCAGCCAGAGCUUGCAAGCGCAGGGGCAGUCACGAAGAGAGGAGCGGCAUCAUAUCACCAUCGAAGAUAGCGACCUUACAGAUCCGCUCUCCGAGUGA